AUGCCUUCGGAUGUCCUGUUGACCAGCGCAGGGGGUGGAACCCUAAAGGAAAUUCAUCGGCAUCCUGUUGGUCGCCCCCUACCAGGCUACUCUGAGCAAUCAUAUUCAUUAAAUCCUAAUUCUGAAGAGGAAAACUCAAACCAGUCGCAUCCUGCAGUUACACAUGCUCUAGCCCAAGGCCAUUUAUUGUUAAUGGACCAGUUGCAAUCCGUUCAUGUGCGUAAUGGCAUUCCUGGUAGCCAAACAGCAGGAUCCACUUCAACUACUUCGUCAAGCUCUUCACGACGACAUGUUCCAAUUGGUGUGUCUCCAAGUCACCAGCAUUGUCAAUAUCAGCAGCCUCAUCCACAAAUGACAGCUGUGGCAGUCUCCGGAACGUAUGGACAAGCGUAUACUCAUUCAGCUCACUCUUUACAGUCAGCAUCUACAAUAGGCCAGGCAGCUGAAGUGGGAGCUGCUUUAACUACCGCUGGCAUUGGCAUGAUCUCCGGUGCAAAUUCUACAAUCGGAUCCGGCCUACGAGUUAAUACAGUAGAAAACACUCUUAACAGAGAAACACAACUUCUAAACGUCAGGGUGGGCAGAACUAAACAAGCCGGCCAGGCAGCUCGAGAUCGGCCCGCUGGACUAGCGAGUAAUAAGUCAGUCCCGGUUGAUCGUCUAACGGUAGACCGAGAAGAGGAAGAUCCUGGAAAUGUACAUAUAACCUUGUUGAUGAUAAAUAUUUUUUUCAAAGCUUUGAUGAAAUUCAUCUGA